AUGCACGCUGUUCCUGAGAGGCGAAAGGUGUGCCCGGUUGAGUACGCAAACUCCCCCACGCUGCAAUAUCGGCCAUCACAACCGGUUUACCAGCACUCCCACCUUCCUGAUUUUGGCUCAGCAAUGUAUAAACUAUUAUCCUCUGGUAACAUGUCUACAAAGGACCACUUAAUCAACUGCAAAGCGAUAACCAGCGAGAUCGUCAGUCUUAUCUCUCUGCAGUAUGCCAAUAUUCUUGUGAACUCCCAUCCUCAAGUAGCACAAGGGGUCCAGAGUCACAGCUACUUUCGAACCGAUCCCAUGUCCAGAGUUUACUACAGUUUUCUAUAUAUCCACGGCGUGUUUGGAACGCCCGAAGAGAGGGACUAUGUGACCAGAAUGGUCAACAAGGCCCACCGAGGAGUGAGAGGACGAAAUUACAAUGCAAUGGAUCCCAAGCAGCAGCUCUGGGUUGCCAGUUGCUUUUUCGUCGCAACAUUAACCGUGCAAGAGACCUUCUUCGGGUUGCUGGAUGAACAAUCUACAGAGGCCCUCUACAAAGAUGCAUUCCGAUUUGGCACAUCUCUCCAGGUGCCUCCAGAUAUGUGGCCAGAAAGUAUUCACAAGUUCUGGGAAUAUUGGAACCACGAGAUUCACCAUUUUGAGGCGACACCUGCAGUACUCAGUGUGAUUGAUGAUAUUCUAUAUCCUCAUAACUUGCCCCUUUGGGUAUUGGUUUUCUCGCCGAUUCUGCGUAUCUUUACCAUCCAUUGGCUCUCCGAGACGUAUCGAGCGCGGUACGGGCUUCGUACCACGUGGCUUACAUCUUUGGUCUUUUGUACUUCUGUGUUUAUCAUUCAAUGGGUUUAUCCACUGUUGCCUGAGUUAGUGAGGCAUUGUCAUGUUUACUAUUUGAAGCGAGAGUUGCGGAAAUAUGUCAAGUAG